AACGGUGCGGAGGAGGCAAAAAUAAUCGAAAAGAAACACCAGCAACAGCAACAACAGAACAGGCUCCCAUCAGACAGUUCCCCGGAGUGAAGAAAAGUCAAGAUGGUGUUUGCAAAGUUCGGUUUUAUUUUGCUGCUGGCGUCAAAUCUCGCCCAAGGCGAUCUGCACGGCAAGCUGCUGGACGAGACCGAAGAAACAAUGGACCUAGAGACGUACCAUCCCAAUCAUGAUCUUCCAAUACAGAAUUCGCUUGUUCCGCAUCAAAGGCGCCACUCCAAAUCCAAGAGGCGGAUGAAACGAAGAUAUAAAUGCUACAGCUGUGAACCACCCGACUGCGCCGAUACGACGGCCCACGCCCACCUUUGCCAGAAUGCAAUCCAGUGCUGGAAGUCGCGGAUCCGUGACCAGUACGGACAUGAGAGCGUAUCACGUGGCUGUACCACCACCCAUGAGCAGCUUCCUCUGUACUGCAAUCCCAAUCUGAUGAACAGCAGUGGACCGAAAAAGCGACACGCUUCCGGAACGUACAACAUUGAGUGCUGCACCGGAGACUAUUGCAACAAUGGGACGUUCCCGGCGCUGCCACCAGUGGAGUAUGGAAAUGAAGUGAUGAAGCUGGAGAGCUCAACCUACGCGCUGAAAAUGACCGGGGCCAUUUUGGGUCCGGUGGCGAUGCUGAUCGUUGCCGUCGUCAUUGUGUGGUACUUUAUGCGCCGGAAGCAUCACAAACGGCUGAUGGCCAGCCGGAGCAAGCACGAUCCGGAGACGUACUACGCCAGCGAUGAAAUUCUCCGGGCCACCAGCGCCGGAGACAGUACACUGCGGGAAUACCUUCAACAUUCGGUUACAUCCGGUUCGGGCAGUGGUCUGCCGCUUCUGAUUCAGCGAACGCUAGCCCGACAGGUGUCGCUAUGCGAGUGUAUCGGCCGUGGCCGAUACGGAGAGGUGUGGCGAGGCAUCUGGCAUGGUGAAAGCGUUGCCGUGAAGAUAUUCUUCUCGCGCGACGAAGACUCGUGGAAGCGCGAGACGGAGAUCUACAGUACGGUACUCCUUCGGCACGAGAACAUUCUCGGCUACAUCGGGUCGGACAUGACCUCACGGAACUCGUGCACCCAGCUGUGGCUCAUCACGCACUACUACCCGUUGGGAUCGCUGUUUGAUCACCUGAACCGAACUGCCUUGAGCCAUCACCAGAUGGCGACGAUAUGCCUUUCGAUUGCCAACGGACUGGUGCAUCUGCAUACCGAGAUCUUUGGCACUGAGGGUAAACCGGCGAUCGCUCAUCGUGACCUGAAGACGAAGAACAUACUGGUGCGCAUCAACGGAUCGUGUGUGAUAGCCGACUUUGGACUGGCCGUGACGCACAGUCAGACGACCAAUAAGAUCGACAUGGGCAACACGGCACGGGUCGGAACCAAGCGGUACAUGGCGCCGGAAGUGCUGGACGAGAGCAUCAACAUGGAAUGCUUCGAAUCGCUACGCAAAGCGGACAUCUACGCCAUCGGGUUGAUGUUCUGGGAAAUCUGUCGGCGUACGCUGUCCAACGGAAUCGCCGAGGACUACAAGGUCCCAUUCUACGACUGCGUCACGUCCGAUCCGAGCUUCGAGGAGAUGCGAAAGGUUGUCUGCGGCGACAACUACCGACCGUCGAUACCGAAUCGCUGGGUUUCCGAUCCGCUCCUCCAGGGUAUGGCCAAACUGAUGCGCGAGUGUUGGCACGCCAACUCGAACGUGCGUCUGCCGGCACUGCGGAUAAAGAAGACGCUUCUGAAGUUGGCCAGUUUGGACGAAACGGUCAAGCUCAACUACGAUGGGGAGAUCUGCGUUUGAUGGCUGCUGUUGCGGACCAAGGUGGUGGCGCUUCGUGCACAUAGCAGAAAGGUAUCAAAUGAGACAACAAAAAUAUCAUGUUUCUGGGGUUUUGGUAAGGGAUAUUUGUUAUCGUGCGCGUAUGUGUCUGUGAAAGUUUGCAAGAGUUUUGUGAAGGAUGUGUGUAUGUGCGAAAGCGAGGAUAUAUUUCAAUCGUGUACAUAUUUUUGUGUGUAUAAUCUAAUGACUGUAAUAGACUAGCAAUGUUAAUUUUAUGAACCAUUUAUAAAUUGUCCCGUCGCUCCCUUGCAUUGAUCUUUUUCGUUUCUUUAAACAUUUAUUUAAAACUUUUUUGUUUGCUCAAAAACUACUUUUUUAAAUCUUUUAAUUUUAGGCAAAUUGUUUUAAAGGCUAUACAUUAUAAGCCCACAAAAAAAAACAAUAAAAUAAAUAUCAAACAAUGUUCAGUAUUAUUAACUGAAUAUCUAUCAUAAAAUACAACAAUGCAAACUAAAAAACCAGAUUGAAUACGAUGCAAAUCUAAAUCACUCUUCUACGCAUAAUCAAAGAUAGAACUAUUUACACUUUUACGUGAGAAAUCGAAAACGCAUUGUAAUACCCUUUCUGACAAAGGUUUAUCAUUUUAUUUCUCUACAUCAUAAUUCAGUUGGGACAAAUUCACAUCCAAAUUAAGUGCCAUUUAGUCAACAUUGUGUGAGGAAUGGGAGUGUCUGAAGAUCCCCAGAGAGGCGGUUGAUUAAUUCUAAUAUUUUGGAAAGUAAGCUCAUUUAUUCAUCGAUUUCGUGUACAUAUUUCUUCUACUUUCGAAUCAUAUUCUAUAGUUAAGCGUGAUGAGAUGGUCGGAAAAGAAUGAGAGGAGUUUUGCGAGAAGAUAAGUACAUGAGUGAUAGUUUUUAUAAUGAGAAUCGUACUAGAUACCGGUUCGAUAGUAAGAUUGUGUUUAUUAGAUUAGUUGAGUUCUAUUAUUUUCAAGCAAUACAACCAAUAUGGAGAAUAGAUAGUUUGUAACAAACAGA